AUGGAUAAGGAAUAUGGAUAUAGAGAAGUGUGGUGCGGGAGAUUUAGCAUAGGAACUCAAAAUGGCACAGCUUAGUUUGCGUAAUUGUGGUAGUGGCGGCAGAAGCUCCUUGUCUCAAGUUUUAAUUGUCUUUGCACUUGUGUUAGAGAUCAUUUGCUCUUUUCAGCUUUCAACAUCUCACUCCAUAGUGCAAUCCCUUCCUGGAUUCCAAGGACCCCUUCCUUUUGUUCUUGAAACUGGGUAUGUGGGUGUAGGUGAAACUGAAGAGGAGCAAGAUGGUGAAGUCUUCUACUAUUUCAUUCACUCAGAGAACAACCCCAAAGAGGACCCUCUCCUUCUUUGGCUUACCGGUGGCCCUGGUUGCUCUGCUUUGUCUGGCCUUGUCUUUGAAGUAGGUCCUUUAUCAUUUAUAAACGAGGAAUACAAUGGGAGCUUGCCAAAUCUGGUUUUGAAGCCACAGUCAUGGACAAAGGUAAGCAGUGUUAUAUUCGUAGAUUUACCUGUGGGUGCUGGAUUCUCUUAUGCCAAAACAGAACGUGCUGUUCACCAAAGUACCCGGAAAGUAGUUCAAGAUGCUCAUCAAUUUAUUAGGAAGUGGCUAGUUGAUCAUCCGGAAUUUCAAUCAAAUGAAGUGUACAUUGCGGGUGAUUCAGUGUCUGGGCUUCCCAUUCCAGCAAUUGUUGAAGAAAUUUCAAAUGGAAAUGAAGGUGGCGUCCAGCCACAUAUAAAUCUCCAGGGGUACCUGCUGGGGAAUCCCUUUACAACAUUUACCGAAGAUAAUUAUGCAGUAGCAUUCAAUCAUGGCAUGGGACUCAUUUCUGAUGAAUUAUACGAGUCACUAAAUAGGAACUGUAAAGGAGAGUUCAUUAAUGUAAACCCCGGAAACAAAGCUUGUGUAAGAGACAUGGAAUCAUACAAGGAGACUAUUUCAGGAAUUUAUGUAUGCCACAUUUUGGAGCCUAACUGCGAGUUCGCCUUGCGUAACCCAUGGAGGAGGAGAUCUCUGACUCUAACUGAUCAGCUCCACAAGUUUCCGAUCCUUGCAGUCCCACCCUUAAGCUGUCGGAGUCAUGCAUAUUUACUAUGUACCUAUUGGGCCAAUUUUGAAGAUGUUCGCAAGGCACUAAACGUUCGAAAGGGUAGUAUAGGAAAUUGGCAGCGCUGUAACUAUGACAUACUUUACAAGCAUGAUAUUCGAAACAGCGUCCAAUAUCAUGAAAAUCUAAGCAGUAAAGGCUACCGUUCAUUAAUAUACAGUGGGGAUCAUGACAUGAUAGUUCCAUUCUUGGCGACCCAAGCGUGGAUUCGAUCUUUAAACUACACCAUCGUGGAUGAGUGGAGGCAAUGGUACGUCAAUGGUCAAGUUGCAGGAUAUACUAGGACUUAUUCAAAUCGGAUGACGUUUGCAACUGUGAAAGGUGGAGGACAUACAGCUACUGAGUACAAACCUGAAGAAUGUUUAGGCAUGUUCAUUAGGUGGAUAUCUAAAAGGCCAUUAUAGCAAUACCCAGCAGAGCCAAGGUGGUGGUGUACCUAUGCUAUGAAGAAUAAUCACUUUGUACAGUGAGUUUUAGAGACAAUCUAAAAUAAAAUAAUUUUUAACUUGGAAUGAUUAAGUGCUUUUUGUAAAUAAAUUAGCAUAUACAAUGGGAGUGGGACAAGUGAUUGAACAUGAAUGAAAACAAUUUGUGCUGGUUGUUCUCUGGCUUUUGUCUUUGGUUCCCAUAUAAUUGACACAUAACUAUGUAUUAAGUGUUUAAGCGUUUCUGUAAUUAGAAUUAGCAGAUGCAAUGGAACAAGUGAUUAAACA